UUUCUCUCGUCCCUUUGUGCUCUGCUGGGUUCCUUACUUAAAUCGCUUUCCACCAUUCACCGGGUGUCAUUUUUACUCCCUUUUCGCUCCUCAUCUACCUUCCUGUUCUCUCUCUCAACCACUCGAACCGCGACACGGCAUACCAAAACCAAGAACCUCAGAUGUCGCAGCAGCCACAACCCACGAUGGCUAUGCAAAUUGGUCCGGGCGGGAACCGCAACGCCUUGAACAAGCCGAUCAACAGCAGCGGCAAACGUGAAUGGAGUGAGAGUCUGCUCGGAUGCUCCGGGGACUGUGGAACUUUCUGCAGCGCUUGCUUCUGCCCCUGCAUUGCGUACGGCAAAAACGCACAACGGCUGGCGCAUCUCGAAAAUGAGGGGACCCCGCACCCAGACGGAGGCUCCUGCUGCUCGAGCAUGUGUUUGACCCACAUGCUGUUGACCUCGUUGCUCGGACUGGGCGCCAUCUUACAGUGCAAAAACCGCGGGGCCACGCGGGAACGCUACGGUAUCGAGGGCGGAGGAUGCGGCGACUGCUGUACAUCCUACUGGUGCGCGCCGUGUGAUAUCACACAGGUGUCGCGCGAAAUCGAGUUGGAGGAGAAGAGUUUGAUGGGGAACAAGUACUAGCAGCAGCUCUUGUGCUCGGGCUUUUUAGUGUCACGUACACGCAAUUUUAUUUAUAGACUUUACUAAUGGUGUGUUUGACGGGCAGUGGGCGGUGAACUUAAUACAGGUGAUAGCUUCGAAGCAAAGAAAUA